UUUUGAGCAGGAGGUUCUUGGUGGUCCUGUACCAGUGUCAGGAAGCCCACCUGUUAUGGAGACAGUACCUGUAGCUCUUUCUGUCCCUGCAAUUCCAGUAGUGCGACCCAUUAUAGGUACCAACACCUACAGACAGGUCCAGCAGACAUUAGAAGCCAGAGCUGCUAGUUUUGUUGGUCCUCCACCACCUGUCUUUGCAGGACCAGUCCCUCCAGUACGUCCUCCCAUGCUGAGGCCGGCCUUCGUCCCCCAUAUUCUGCAGAGACCUGUUGGUCAGAGGCUGCCAAUGAUGCGUGGUCCUCCAAUAGCACCUCCUCUGCCACGGCCUCCUCCACCACCUCCCAUGAUGCUCCCACCGUCCCUGCAGGGCCAGACACCUCAGGGUCCUUCUCCGCCCAUCCAGCACAUGGCUGCAGCACCUCAGGUCAGUGAUAUGGUCCCAAUGGUGUCAGCCCCGCCCACAAGACAGGGAGCCCCGCCUCCCAUCAAACCGACGCCAUCAAUCAUUCAGGCAGCACCAACUGUGUACUCGGCUCCUCCUGCCCCUGUUGGACAUAAAAGAAUUGAUGUCAGAGCUCAAAGACAAGCCAGAAUGGAGGAACUAGCAGCACGGGUUGCAGAGCAGCAGGCAGCAGUGAUGGCAGCAGGUCUAUUGAACAAGAAGGAGAGUGAAGACAGCAUCACCGUUAUCGGACCCAGCAUGCCUGAGCCCGAGUCCACCCACGCUGAGCCUGUGGAAAGUGCUUCAGAGGACAAAAAGAAAGCAAAGGUGGAGAAAGUGAAGAAGUGUAUCCGAACUGCAGCAGGGACUAGUUGGGAGGACGCCAGCCUGUUGGAGUGGGAUCCAGAUGAUUUCCGUAUAUUCUGUGGUGACCUUGGUAAUGAAGUGAACGAUGACAUACUGGCUAGAGCCUUCAGCAGAUACCCGUCUUUCCUCAAAGCUAAGGUGGUGAGAGACAAACGGACAGGAAAGACCAAAGGCUAUGGCUUUGUCAGUUUCAAGGAUCCAAAUGACUACGUCAGAGCCAUGAGAGAGAUGAACGGGAAGUAUGUUGGCAGUCGUCCAAUCAAACUGAGGAAGAGCAUGUGGAAGGACCGCAACCUGGAAGUGGUUCGUAAGAAACAGAAAGAGAAGAAGAAACUGGGCCUUAGAUAGUGUUUAUGCAAGUGGAACUGAGUGUUGUGCUUCCAGUGGACAGAUCAUGACUGUUAUUGUGAUCUGUCCAAUCAGGAGAUGUGCUUAAAUUGUAUAGAUGUUAACUUUUUUCCUUCCUUAAAUAAACUACAAUUUUUUAGUUGUUGA